AGCGAAUCAGAGACGCGGUCGUUAUAAAACGCUAUUCCCGUAGCGCGUUUUGCUUCUUCUUCUCCACUUCCUUUUUUGACUGACCUUUCGCUCAAUCAACCCAAUCGAAUCAAAUUUUAAUCCUUUUCCCUUUGGGCGUCCGAGUCCUCCGAUGGCUUUGACGGAGGAAAAAUCAGAUUCCGAUGGCCGGCGCUGGGGUUUAUUCAAGCUUCCCUUUCGAAACUCCAACAGUCAGGCCAGCUCUUCCUCUUCCAUGGCUACUUCUUCUUCUUCGUCCGCACCAUCUUCUGAUCUCAAUCAAAAUUACAUUCACCAAUCUCGCCAUUUUCGCUAUCACGGACCUCCCGCUGUCGAAGGAUUGGGUCAAAACCAAAACCAUCAUCAACCCGCAACGACUAUCCCUUCGAUGUCCUCUGUCGCGAGAUCACUUCUUCCAACGAAACGCCGCUUGAAGCUUGAUCCUCCGGCCAAACUGUACUUCCCUUAUGAGCCUGGGAAGCAAGUGAGAAGCGCCAUUAAGAUUAAGAAUACGAGCAAGUCACAUGUAGCUUUUAAGUUUCAAACAACGGAACCAAAGAGCUGCUUCAUGCGUCCGAAUGGUGCUAUUCUUGCUCCUGGGGAAGAAAUCAUCGCAACUGUUUUCAAGUUUGUUGAGGCACCUGAGAACAAUGAAAGGCCGAUGGAAAAGAAGAGCGGGUUUAAGUUUAAAAUCAUGAGCCUGAAGAUGAAAGUCCCAACGGACUAUAUGCCUGAGCUGUUUAAGGAACAAAAAGAUCAAGUCUCUGAGGAGCAAGUAAUGCGUGUGGUAUUCUUGGAUCCCGAAAGCCCUAACCCUAUGAUGGAGAAACUGAAGAGUCAACUAGCUGAAGCGGAUGCUGCAGAUGAAGCACGGAAGAAGAAAGCACCAGAGGUUAUUAGUGGUCCAAAUCUAAUUGGGGAAGGACUUGUGAUUGAUGAAUGGGUGCGUGUGACACAAAUGCCAUUCUUUUACAUAAGCAACGUCGAGAGAGAUAUCUUGCACAGCAACAAGGAUGAGGAGUAGACUCAGCUUGAAACCAAAAGUAUCACAAAUACAAAAAAGAAUGUGUGUGUGUAUGUAUGUAUGUGUGAAAAGAGAGAAGAUUAUUGUAUUAAUGGUCACAAUUAUCAAAAAUAACCAAAGCUUUGAUUGGAAUAUAGCUGAUACAGUUAUUAAUGAAAAAUAACCCUAGAUAAGUUGAGAUCAAA